GCAGGUGGUGGUGCUUCUGGAAGUCCUGAACUGGGGUUGGCUGGAAGAUGACCGAGUAUAAGCUGGUGGUGGUGGGAGCUGGUGGUGUUGGGAAGAGUGCUUUGACGAUACAGCUCAUUCAGAACCAUUUCGUUGAUGAGUAUGACCCCACGAUAGAGGAUUCCUAUAGAAAGCAAGUUGUCAUCGACGGAGAGACCUGCUUGUUAGACAUCUUGGAUACCGCAGGGCAAGAGGAGUACAGUGCCAUGAGAGACCAGUACAUGAGAACGGGGGAGGGAUUCCUCUGUGUGUUUGCAAUCAACAACACCAAGUCCUUUGAAGAUAUUCACCAGUACAGGGAGCAGAUCAAGAGGGUGAAAGACUCAGAUGAUGUUCCCAUGGUGCUGGUGGGAAAUAAAUGUGACCUCCCAGCCCGGACAGUGGAGACCCGGCAAGCGCAGGACCUGGCCCGGAGCUACGGGAUCCCCUACAUAGAAACGUCUGCCAAAACCAGACAGGUAGGAGGAG